CUAUUUCUUGCCGGUAUAAUGGCCUCUCGGUUGCCUACCUCAUCUUCCUGCUCCUGGUGCCACUGUUUUCCGAGCCCACGGCCAUUACAAUGCAAGGGCACACAGGAUGUCUACUCAAAGCCUUGACUUCCACCAGCUUCAUCUUUUUGCUGCUGCAUCUGGGAUCUCAAGUGAUGUUCCAUUACAUUCCAAGCAAUGGUCCGGUUUGGGAGAAUGUACUCUGGCACAUCGGAGUAAUCAGGUUGACUGAAGUCGAUAUCGGAAAUGCCAUUCGUCUGGUUUUUCCAGACAUUGGAAUAUUUAUCGGAAGCUUGGCUGCUUUUCUUAUCUGCAAGAGCCUUUUGAUUAAUGCAGGCUCACAGAAUGGAGCCCAGAAUUUGUCUCCUACUGAGGACAAGGAGGAGGGGGAAGAAAUCGAAUCUGAAGAAGAGACUGAUUCUGAGAUGGACUCUGAGGAAGAGGAGGCCGAGAAAUUGGGACAAGACAAAGCAGGAAAGAAGCCAAACAUCACUCAUAAACUGGCUGCUCUGAUGGUGGCGAUUAAAGAGAUGAUUGGACAUCUGAUAAUGAAAGCAGGAAAAGCUAUUUUAAUUAUUCUGCUUUGUUUCGCAGGUAUUGUGCACCCAUCUCUCAUCUCAGCAGUCUACUUCUUCACGUUCCUGGGACUGUGCUCCUGCUGGGCAUGUGGGCGUGUUUUCAGCCUGUUCUUCUUCAAGCGCUUGUGUCUUUUGAUGAUGUUCAUCAGCGGAGGACACCUGACUACAAUCUACCUUUACCAGUUGCCUGCAUUUCAGGAGCAGCUUCCACCUGACCAGGUUCAAAUGAGGUUGCUUGGAAUGACAGCUAUCAUCAAAACCAAUAUGUCGGCACCAUGGUGUCUGAUGACUCACCAUGGGCUGCAAUGGCCUGCCAUUUUGAACCCCAUCAUACUCCUGGUUCUGUACUACACCAUGGCAACCAUCAUUCGGCAACUGUUCCUCAGUGAGACCGGGACUGAUCUUCCAGAAGUGGAGGUUUAUACCAUCGAAAACUCAUCAGAACAGGCCAACGUGGAAGCCAACUUGCAGAAUGUCGAAAGUGAUGGCAACGAGGGGAACAAUAACUGUCUGCCAGUCCAGAUGUACAGCUCCCCAGAAUACACUCAGCAAUCCUCUAGUACUGAAACCUUCACAGAGAUGGAAAUAAAAGAUGAAGAUUCUGGGAACCCACCCAGCAACAUGACGAUCAUUAGCCAUUUCAUAAUGCAUCAGAGUUACAUCUGUGCACUCAUAUUCAUGAUGAUCUGGAGCAUUACUUACAUUAGCUGGAUGACCUUUGUCCUUUUGAUCUGGUCCUGUGUGAUCUGGAUGUUACGAGACAGUCAGCGAUGGGCAAAACUGAGCUCUCCCUUUCUGACGGUUUAUGGGAACUUGCUGUUAACUCAGCAGUUCAUUACAGGCUUGGAGCUGACUGAGGCUGAGCUCUUCCCCACAAUCUCUAAUACUGUCCUGAUCGACUUUGACCUGAAGCAUUCAAACACACCGUGCAUUCACCUCGGUGCUAAGGUCAUCUACACUUUCACCUUUUGGCUUUUACUGCGUCAACACUUGACCGAAAAAGAGGAAAUGAGAAAAAGAAUGCAUAUAUCACUAAGUGAGAUCAACAUUCAGGGGACAGAGAGUACACAGAUAGACGGGACUUCGAUGGCAGUGCUUGGAUCUGUGGUGAAGGGAUUUUUGAUAAAGUACUGGAUCUACUUCUGCACAGCCAUGUUUAUCAUUAUUAGUUUCCAUGGCAGAGUCGUGGUAUAUAAAAUACUUUAUAUCGUGCUGUUUCUCUUCUGUGUGGCAUUGUAUCAGGUACAUUAUGAUUGGUGGCGCCAAAUCCUGAGGUAUUUCUGGAUCACUGUUGUGUCAUAUUCAAUGCUGGUGCUCAUCACAAUCUACACCUAUCAGUUUCAAACUGUGUCUUGGCUCUUUCAGCAGAAAAUGGGGAUGUCGGAGGACAGUUUGAAAGACCUGGGCUUGGAGCAGUAUGACACUGCUGAACUGUUUGCUAAUAUGUCACUUCCUGCGACCUUCCUCCUGGCCUGUAUCCUCCAGCUGCAUUACUUCCAUGAUCACUUCCUCAACCUGACAGACUGGAAGCAUGUCAGUCCCAGGCAGGAUGAUCUCAUCAAUAGGUUGAAUAACAAACGCAGUAACAGAAUUCACGGCAGCCUUUACACCUUAGAGAAACUCGGCUUUGAACCGAAGGAGUCAAUCUUGGCGCAGGAGACGGGCACGGAUAUAAAAGGUAACUUUCAACUCACUGUGAUCAACGAACAUGAUUUGGAUUUCGAAGACAAACUUGCACACAUUUGUAGCCACAGCUCCCUGGUUCGAUGCAGGAAAGCAGGAUAUCCAAAUCCCUGGAGCAUGGUGAUUGACAGAUUGACUACCUUAUUUUUACGUUUUCUGGAAAAACUGCAUAAAGUCCAAGUCUGGGUGUGGAGAUUCCUGGAACUGCACAUCAUCAAGAUGGUCUCCUCCUUUAUUAUCUGGAUCACAUUAAAGGAGGUCUCCUUGAUGAACUACCUUUUCCUUAUCGUCUGGGUGUUUGCAUUACCCUAUUCCUCAUUCCGUCCACUGGCAUCCAGCAUUUCAACAGUGUGGGCCUGUGUCAUGAUUGUCUGUAAAAUGAUGUACCAGCUCAAGGUUGUUAAAUUAUCCACAUUUUCUUCAAAUUGCACACUGUCUACCAGCGUAUACAGGAAUGGAAGUCAAGAGCUGCUGUCCACAUCUGCUCUAUACGCUGGUCCUAUAGACCCCACGUAUUGGUAUGGAGCACUGAAGAAAUGUGAAGAUGAUGUCUUGCCCUGUCUGAAGAACCAUUUGAUCAUCUUGGGUUUACUGGUGUUUGAAAUGACUGUUUAUCGCCAUCAACAAUACUACAGGCUCCACAAUGGGCUCAAGACUCCUUUAACAGGAACCCUACUUGACAAUAUUACACGGCUCCAUUUGGAUGACGGGCUGCUGAACUGCAUCAAAUAUUUCACAAACUACUUCUUUUACAAGUUUGGGCUGGAGCUCUGCUUCAUGGCAGCCAUACACCUCAUUGGGCAGCGCAUGGACUUGUACUCUGCGAUCCACGCCUUGUGGCUAAUUGUGGUUCUUUGCAGACGCCGGAGAAAGGCCAUUGCUGAGAUAUGGCCCAAAUACUGCUGCUUCGUUGCCUGUAUCAUUCCCUUCCAGUACCUGCUGUGCAUCGGGAUACCUCCCUCUCUCUGCAAAGAUUAUCCCUGGAGGUCCACUCUUGGAUUGAGCUCCAAUCUCAUUAAGUGGCUCUAUCUGCCAGACUUCAUAAAGAGACCCAAUUCAAUUUUCCUAAUGUAUGACUUCAUGCUGCUGUUAUACAUAUCGAUGCAGUGGCAAGUGUUUGAAGAUGAGAACACAGCAGCAAUACGGAUGAUUGCGGGGGACAAUGUUGAAAUCAGCCGUUCCCUAGAUACAGCCACAGUUUAUCAGUAUAUUCCUGUCGCCAACUUCCUAUACUGCAGAUCAUACUUGGACAUGUUGAAGGUGGUUGUGUUCAGCUACUUGUUCUGGUUUGUGCUGUGUCUAAUCUUCAUCACUGGGACAAGCAGGAUCAACAUCUUCUGUAUGGGUUACCUGGUGGCCUGUUUCUACUUCAUGUUCUUCGGAGGACAGCUGCUCCUAAAACCAGUCAAGGUUAUCCUCAGGCGCUGGGACUACCUGAUAGGCUACACUAUCCUGGUGAUUGUGACAAAGAAUGUAUUUGCAAUUGGCUCCUGUGUCUACUUGAAGAGUUUGCUUGAGAAGAGCUGUUGGGUAGUACAGACAUUCGGCAUGGCCUGCACGAUCAAAGAUUACAAUCUCCCAAAUAAAGAUGACUUGCUUGAAAGCUGUGAGGUUCCAAAUAAGCAGGCAGGCAUUAUUUGGGACAGUACCUGCUUCCUCUUCCUGCUAGCCCAGAGGAGGGUCUUCCUGAGUUACUACUUCCUACAUGUUGUGGCAGACCUAAAGGCUUCCAAACUGCUGGCAGCAAGAGGAGCUGAACUAUUUGAAGCUAAAGUUAAGAAAGGAGUUACAGCAAGACUAGAGAAAGAGAGGUUAUCCAUGGAGAUGCUGAAAAAACAGAUGGAAAGGAUCAGGGCCAAACAGAAACACCAACGAAUGACAACACUCGUGCCAAAACCUGCUGAGACUUCAUAUAGAAUCAGUCGGCUCGAAGCAGAGAAUCAGGGAGUAUGUUCAGCUGAUGGUAAAGACAGAGCAGAAGGUGACAUGGAGAAGUGGUGGAAGCCCUGGGUAACUCAUUCCUCAAUGAUCCAUAGCGGGGAUUACUAUCUAUUUGACACUGACAGUGAGGAUGAAGCGAAGGAUGAAACUGGAACAGUUAAAGAUGAAACCGUAAAAACCUCAGCAUUCCAGUUUGCUUACAUAGCCUUAGUCAAAGACUCUAAAGCAGCAGUUGAGGAAAAACACAAGGAGCUGAAGCAGGCAAAGAAAGCACAGAGGAUGAAAGAAGAUGUGGAGCAAAGAAAUCGACAAGAUUUAAACAGAGCUGACUCCAGUGAAGAUGAACUGGAUGCUUCGAGUGUGCAGGAUCCGGAUAAUUUCAUCAAGCGGAGCGUGAACAUCCUGACCUUCACUUGGAUGUUUGUCCAAGCAUUGCUUGAUGGACUGAUUGAGCUUCUGAACUCCAUCUCCAAGGAUUAUAUUGAUAUCUCCGCUGUGCUGAGCUUUGAGAGGUCCAUUUUAAGAAGAGAAUUAAAACAGGGAAAGCUUUCAAACCAGGAGACCAUUCAUCAUUUUUACAAUGUCAAACUAAAAUGUCAAGCUCCCUGUAAUCCUGAUGGUGCCUUGGAGAGAGAUGAGUCAAUGGAAGGAGAGCAAGCGUCAACCUCGAGCUAUCACAAAAUGGCCAGCUUUGAUUCGAUGUUAUCCAGAGACAGCAGUGUGUCCAGUUGCAACACUGAAGUCACCAUAGUGUCCUUGAAGCCCACAUCCAGUGACUGUGCUGAUGAUGUUGAGGAACCAGUGUCUGUGGUCCCAAAACCCAGCAAUCGCAACCGGUGGAGAUUGCAGAAGACGCUCAACAUUGACAUCCCCUCCUCACUGGACUGUGAGCCUCCAAGUACAUUGAUCCAGUGUGCCAGGUCGAGUAACUGGCAGGGAACCACAGAAACCAUUGAGGAAGAGGCAGAUGAAGAGGUCGUUAAAGACAUUAUAACUCCACAAUCCUACCACCCACCGUCCUACAAUGCAGUAGCAAACAGCUACAAUUGUCUUGACCUCUCUGAGGAGAACGUGUCUAUGGAAUCGGAUGAGGAGACGUCAAAAAUGGACCAUUAUAAUCCUCUUAGCUGUGAGACUCAUCUCCUAACAGCAAGCGAUCUACUUCUGAACAAGGUGUUCCAUGAUGUGGAACUGGAGGAGUCAGACAAAUUCUACCGCAGUUUGCCGCCUCUCCUGAAGCUGCUGUUCGCCCUCUAUAAUACCAUGGUGUCCCAGUCAGACAUGUUGUGCUACUUUGUAAUGAUCCUCAACCAUAUGGUCUCCGCUUCAGUGCUCACCAUGGUCCUACCCAUCCUUGUCUUCCUCUGGGCAAUGCUGUCAGUGCCGAGACCCAAGAAGCGGUUCUGGAUGUUGGCUAUCCUGUACACCGAGAUCACUGUUGUUGUAAAGUACUGCUUUCAAUUUGGAUUCUUCCCGUGGACCAGCACCUCCUAUCGAAUGUAUUACUUUAAUCAGCCAUUCUACCUUCCCAACAUCAUUGGCAUUGAGAAAAAAGAUGGUUAUGUGCACUAUGACCUUAUCCAGUUGCUUGCUCUGUUCCUACAUAGGUCAAUCCUCAAGUGCCAUGGUCUGUGGGAUUCCCAUGAUGCAGUGAAGGAGCAGCAUUUUGAGAAGAUGCACAAACAAAGGGACCAUCAGAACCUGGGAGAGACACAGGAGGGCAAAGAGAGCAAGCAAACAGUGAGCUUGCAGGACACUGAACAGGGCCCAGACAGGAAAAACAGUUCCAGGCAAUCAUCAGAAAGAGUAAAAGCUCCAAAGAGAUCCAGAAAAAAGAAAAGGGAAUCCCCAAAAGCGGGGAAACGAUUCAGAGAAACUGUCAAGGAGCAGAUCAGAGAAAAGGCACAGAUGGCGAAAAGAUACAUCACUGUCAUAGCUCUUCAAAUCUACCUGCCCAUUAAAGAAUUCUUCUACAACAUCAUCCAUCCUGAAUAUAAUGCAGUGUGUGAUGUCUACGCAUUAAUGUUUCUCAUUGACGUCAUUAACUUCAUCAUCACCAUUUUUGGAUAUUGGGCAUUUGGAAGACACACAGCUGUGGCUGACAUCACAGAAUCCCUCUCAGAGGAUCAGGUGCCCCAAGUGUUCCUCGUGAUGGUAUUGGUUCAGUUUGCCACCAUGGUGGUUGACCGUGCUCUCUACCUCAGGAAGACCGUCAUGGGGAAGGUUGUCUUUCAGGUUGUCAUGGUGCUUGGGAUCCAUUUCUGGAUGUUCUUCAUCCUCCCUGGGGUGACUGAAAGGAGGUUUAACCAAAACCCAGUCGCUCAGCUUUGGUACUUUGUUAAAUGCAUUUACUUCGGUUUAUCAGCAUAUCAGAUCAAGUGUGGCUAUCCCAACAGAGUGCUUGGCAACUUCUUAACUAAGAGCUACAACUACAUCAACCUCUUCCUCUUUCAAGCGUUCCGUCUGGUGCCUUUUCUGACAGAGCUAAGGGCAGUAAUGGAUUGGGUAUGGACAGACACCACACUCAGUAUCUCCAGCUGGAUUUGUGUGGAGGACAUUUACGCUAACAUCUUCAUCCUGAAAUGCUGGAACGAGUCGGAGAAGAGAUACCCGCAGGCAGCUGGUCAGAAGAAGAACAUGCUGGUUAAAUAUGGAAUGGGUGGCCUCAUCAUCAUCUCAUUGAUCUGCAUCGUGUGGUUCCCACUGCUCUUUAUGUCAUUGGUCAAAUCUGUAGCUGGAGUGAUCAAUCAGCCUCUGGACGUCUCCAUCAAGAUCAGUAUUGGUGGCUAUGAGCCAUUAAUCUCAAUAGUGCUACAGCAGCAUCUGUUACUUCUGCCCACCAGUGUGGGACAUUCAGAAUGUAUUCACUCGUUUCCAUCCCCACAGUCCGCAAUGCAGUUUUUAGUGAACUACAUGCCAGAAGACAUCAUCGUGGCUCACAUCAAGAGUGACGCAAACCUCCUGUGGAGCAUCAGCCCGGCCAGUCUCAAGGCGAUGAAAGAAGAACUUGCCAAUUCUUCCCAGAUUUACGUACAUCUCCAGUGGACCAUUCUGAGGAAUGCUUCCCUUCUGAUGAACCCUGAAGCGUUUGGUAAACACACAGUGGUCUGUACAGACAGGGAAGUGAGAGAGGAGCUGGUUCAGCUGCUGGAAGGAGCAUGUGACAAGUCCGUGGUCAUAAAGGAAUUGCUCCCAAAAUACAUUCGAGCAACACAUCGACCUGAAGCGAUACCAGCUUUCCGGCUUCGAGCAGGUUUUCCCAGUGCUGACAAAGAGAGGCUGGUGCUGUUCAGGAACAUCUCGCUGCAGAUGGAGGAGGAGCUCAGGGCACACAACACAUCGCACGCAAAGAUAAGGUGGUGGAAUGUCAAGGAAUGUGACCCAGAGUGGCCUAGUCAGGGCUGUAGCAACAUGGAGCUCAUCAUCUUCAAUGACAAAGUCAGCCCCUCGAGUCUGGGUUUCCUUGCUGGAUAUGGGAUCAUCGGCCUGUAUCUGUCUGUAGUGCUGGUCAUUGGAAAGUUUGUUCGAGAAUUCUUCAAAGGGAUCUCUCGCUCCAUCAUGUUUGAGGAGCUGCCCAAUCCUGACCGAAUCUUGAAGCUGUGCACUGACAUCUUCCUGGUGCGUGAGAUGGGCGAGUUAGAACUGGAAGAGCAGCUUUUUGCCAAAUUAAUCUUCCUUUAUCGCUCUCCUGAGACCAUAAUCAAGUGGACCCGUGAGAAGCAAGAGUGAAUAACAGUCAUGAGAAAUUAAACAUUUACACCCAAGAAAGGGUAUCUAUUCAACAUUAAGCUCAGGAAACCACAUGGCAGCCUUGGAUUCCAUUGAACCCUUUUGAAAAGCUCCCUCACUGAGACAGAAAGUCUGCAUGUUUAUUCAUUCUGCAAUGUAUUGAAUUUGAACUGUUUACACAAUUAUACACCUCAACAGUACUAAGUGGUGGCACAAGCUGGAACUGACAACUGGAAGCGGCAGAUUCAAACCACUACAAAUGUGGGAGGAAAGAUCACAGAAGCG